AUGUCUCUUCCCCUCCUCCCCAUCCUCCUCCUCCGGUGCGGCUUUCUCCUAAUCUUCGCCCUCUCUUUGCCUACCUUGGGCAUUUCCGGGGCGAGGAAGCCCCUGCUCCGGCAGCUGGGUCCCCCGAGCCACCUACCAGACGCAUCGGCCAUUGCACCCUCGGUAGCCCACACCCCUCGUCGGCGGAGGGAGUUACUCCCGGGUUCUUCCCCAGAGACCAUGGUGAUAUCUUUCGCGAGCUCCUUUUCUCGUUUGAAGGGCUCCCAGGGCCAACACAUUCCUCCCUUCGUCCUCCCACCAACAGAGUCCCUCCCCGAAGCUGCCCCCAGCAUCCAAUCCGAGCCUCGUGCGAACAACUAA